AUGAAUGGCAGCGACAGCAUCAAAAAGGCGGCGAUCAACAAAGCCAAGCAAGUGGCCAGCACCGUGAGCUCGGGUGGUAAUAAUGGCAGCAAUAAUGGCAGCAAUAAUGGCAGCAAUGGCGGGAAGAAGCGGCGGAAGCAAGAUCUGAAGCCCAUCAUCACCACCGAGCAGCAACAGCAGCAGCAGCAGCAGCAGCAGAAUAGUGGACAGAGUCAAGGCUCGCCUCUCAACCACCAAAAGGGUCAAUACGGCCACGACAUCCACCAAUCACCCACGGAUUCCGAAUCGAGCGGCGACGAGGCUACGGAGAACACCGCGGACGAGGAGGACUCGGAGGACUACUGCAAGGGUGGUUAUCACCCCGUCCAGGUGGGAGAGCAGUACAAGGAUGGCAAAUACACGAUUGUGCGGAAGCUGGGGUGGGGUCACUUCUCCACCGUGUGGCUCUCGAAAGACAACAUCACUGGCAAGCACGUUGCGAUGAAGGUUGUGAGGUCCGCCGCACACUACACCGAGACUGCCCUGGAUGAGAUCAAGCUCCUCAACAAGGUCGUCGAGGCGAACAAGGAUCAUCCAGGCAGAGCUCACGUGGUUAGCUUGCUGGACUCGUUCAACCACAAGGGUCCGCACGGCAUGCACGUAUGCAUGGUCUUCGAAGUGUUGGGUGAGAAUCUCCUCGGCCUGAUCAAGAGGUGGAACCACCGAGGCAUACCCAUGCCACUGGUCAAGCAGAUCACAAAGCAAGUCCUCCUCGGCCUAGACUACCUCCACCGUGAAUGCGGCAUCAUUCACACCGACUUGAAACCCGAAAACGUCCUGAUUGAGAUUGGCGACGUGGAACAAAUCGUGAAGACAUACGUCAAAGACGAGAACAAAGCCAAGGACGACCACAGGAACGGCCGCAGAAGAAGAAGGACCCUCAUCACCGGCAGCCAACCCCUCCCUAGCCCCAUGAACGCAAACUUCUCCCAAACCGACAUCAUGAGUAAUUAUCCCGGAAGCACGCAGAGUUUGAACAAGGUCAUGAAUGAGGGUAAAGGUAAUUCGCAGCCUCCUGUCUCCGGUGCUUCGCCGAUUGGAGAUAAGAGUGCUGAGAUGAGUGGUGCUGCAGGUCCUCCUUCCAAUCCUCCGCCGCCAAAGUCGAUGCUCGAGAGUCUAGGUAUCAUGAAUAAUGCCGAGGAGAAUGGUGUGGAAGGUGUUGAUCCGCAGAAGGAGAGGGAGAAGACUGCAGACAUACUCGCCAAUAACGUUUCGGACAUGGAUCUAGGCACCUCACACCCUCCUCAGCCAAGGGAGAUGGAGAGGGGCGAUAGUAUGGAUUUGAUCUCCGUCAAGAUUGCGGAUUUGGGGAACGCCUGCUGGGUUGGUCAUCACUUCACGAAUGAUAUUCAGACGAGGCAGUAUCGAUCUCCCGAGGUCAUUUUGGGGGCGAAAUGGGGCGCGAGUACGGAUGUGUGGAGUAUGGCGAGUAUGGUCUUCGAACUCAUCACGGGCGACUACCUCUUCGACCCCCAAUCCGGCACCAAAUACGGUAAAGACGACGACCACAUCGCGCAGAUCAUCGAGCUCCUCGGCACCUUCCCCAAAUCCCUCUGCAUCUCGGGCAAAUGGUCGCAGGAGAUUUUCAAUCGCAAGGGCGAAUUGCGUAAUAUCCAUCGUCUGCGCCACUGGGCCCUGCCCGAUGUUUUGCGGGAGAAGUACCACUUUUCGAUCGAGGAGGCGAAGCGGAUCGCGGAUUUCUUGCUGCCGAUGUUGGAGCUGUUGCCGGCGGAGAGGGCGAAUGCGGGGGGGAUGUCGAAUCAUGCGUUCAUGGAGGGGGUUAAAGGGAUGGAUGGGGUGAAGCUUGGGGUGGAGAUGGGGAGUAAAGGAGAGGGGAUCGAGGGGUGGUCGACGGAGGUGAAGAAGCUGCGGUAG